GCAAAGACAGAAUUGAUAUGGUGUUCAACAUCUAUACAAAACGGUCGUGUAGUGUUGUGUUUAAAUUAUGGAAUUGGAUACACAUGCUAAUAACAAUACACAGUCACAACAAGAUGAAGAGCAGCAAAACGCGAAACCCCCACCACAGCCACCCCCAAAUGCUAAGAAGAAGUUUGUGUUCCACUCUAAGAAAGAGCCAUAUGAUUUCGUCGCAUUCAGAAAUGUUCGGAAACCUACAAAUGCCAUUGAGUCAACAGGCCACCUCAUCAAAGGCUGCCUUGGAGGUGGAAUCCUGGGUAUACACGAAGCGUUCAUGAAGAACGGGCUAUGGGCCUCGCUCGUCUUGACUGUGGUCUUCGGGAUAUACAUCACUUAUUGUGUUCAUAUACUAAUAAAGUCGGCACAGGUGCUAUACCAAAGGCUGCACGUCCCAGAGAUGUCGUAUCCCGACGUAGCUCAGGCUUCAUUGGAAAUAGGUCCUUUCCCCAGCCUUAGGAAGUAUGGUAUUUGGUUCCGAUACGCAGUAGAUACAAUGAUAUGCAUAGAUCUUUUCGGCGCGUGUUGCGUCUACCAGAUAAUAAUAGCCGAAACAAUCAAACAGCUUAUAGAAGAAGGCUAUAGCUUGACUACGGGUGAUAGAGAUCAAUUAAGGCUAUACAUAUUGGCUCUUCUCGUGCCUAUAUUACUUCUGUGUAUGAUCACUACACUCAAAUACUUAGCUCCAUUCACACUGGUUGCUGAUUUAUUUAUUGUUGCAUGUGUGGUAGCCACAGUGGUGUACAGUUUGCGAGUGGCACCCCCUAUAUCUGAAGUGCCGUCGUGGAAGAACGCUUUGGGGUUUUUUGAGUUCUGUGGAAUAUCGAUCUUCAGCAUGGAAGGCAUCGGGGUUUCUUUGCCCAUUGAGAAUAAUAUGAAGAACCCUAAACAGUUCCCGUUGGUGUUAUGUUGCGGUAUGUUCGUGGUGGUACUUUUCCUGAUUUUGGUGGGAUUUUUCGGUUAUUGGGGAUUUGGGGAGGGUUCCAAGGCGCCAGUGACUCUCAAUUUUCCUUCAGAAACAUUUCCCACGGUCCUCAAAUGCCUUAUGGCAAUCAUGAUCUUCGUAACAUUCGCGCUUAACUUCUGGGCUCCCUUCAACCUGGUCUGGCACUACAUGUCGAAGAAGCACAACCCACAGAGAUUCUGGCUAUGGGAGAGAGUGUACAGAGCCAGUUUCAUUGUUGUCAUCACCGCCAUAGCCGUGGCGUUUCCCAAUAUUGGGAAUUUGAUGGGACUUUUGGGAGCAUUCUGUUUGUCUAACUUGGGCUUCAUAUUCCCAGCAGUAAUUGACCUACUGGUGGUGUGGGAAGAUCCGGGCUUGGGGAAGUUCAAAUGGAGGUUGUGGAAGAACGUAUUAGUUAUAAUUUUAGGUGUAAUAUUUUUCAUUGCUGGAACUUACUCUAAUAUCAACGGAUUGAUUGCAAGUUUGUACAAAACAUAGAAAUUUAAGGGAUUUGAAUUUAACAUUGCAACAACCAAAGAUAAAAUGCAAAUAAUGUUGUUAUUAUUAUUAUUAUAACAUAAGUUUAUUGCAGAAAUUUAACCAAAAUAAAACAAAAAGUGAUUUGGAUUCUGAGUUCUAUUUAUAUAAUUUGUAAAACAUGAAUAAAUUCUAUAUGUAUAUAUUUAAUAGCUUUAAAAACUGUUAACGUGUAAAAUACAUAAUUAUAUGUACAACAAUUUGUAAACUAAUUAUUUGAUAAGGCAAAAUAAAAAUUGUUAAGAAAAUAUAUAUUACUUUGUA